CCAGGUCAAGACUCCAGAGGGAAAGGAAGGUUGCUCAGGGCACAGAAGUCAGAGUGGGGAUUUGUUGCACUUUUGGCAAAGUGAGCAGGGGAACACGCUAUUUUCCAAAUCUGCUCCUUGACCAGGAACUUUCAAGAGCAGUGUUAGGCUUCCCCCAGUUUUUCUGUGUGGGAGGUUAGAGCUUGUUUUCCUGGGUGCUCCUGUACAGAUACAGAACUCAACUUUUAAAUCUGCUUUUGUGCGAGAACAUGGACUCAUCUCUCUUCCAAUGUGGUUUCUUGGCAGUCGUUGCUGAGGGAAUGGCUCCGCCGCAGAGGAUCCUCUUUCCCCCAGAGAAGAUUUGCAUGGCCUGGCAGCACAGCCAGAGAGCUGGAGCGGGACUGCACAACCUGGGCAACACGUGCUUCCUCAACUCCGUCCUGCAGUGCCUGACCUACACCCCGCCUCUGGCCAACCACCUGCUCUCUGGGGAGCACAGCCGGGCCUGUGGCCAGAAAGGCUUCUGCGUCAUGUGCAGGAUGGAAGUGCACGUUCAACAGGUCCUGCAUUCCUCAGCCAGUGCCAUCGAGCCUUGGGCUGUCGUCGAUUUUCUCACAGAAAUAGGAGAAAAUUUCCAGCAUGGCAGGCAGGAGGACGCCCACGAGUUCUUACGCUGCACCAUGGAUGCCAUGCAGAGAGCUUGUCUGAGAGGAAACAGCGACUUGGACAUGUCCUCUCAAGCAACCACCAUCGUCCAUCAGAUCUUUGGGGGCUUUCUGAGAUCCAGAGUCACAUGCUGGAGCUGCCAAGCGGUUUCCGAUUCCUACGAGGCCUUCCUGGAUGUUCCUCUGGAUAUCAAAGCAGCCGCAUCUGUCACCGCAGCUCUGGAAGACUUUGUGAAACCGGAGCACCUGGAUGGUGAAAACUGCUUUAAAUGUAGCAAGUGUGACAAGGUGACUGCCGCCUCCAAGAGGUUCACGGUCCAUCGCGCGCCCAAGGUUCUCACGGUCUGUCUGAAGAGGUUUGAAGCUUUCACCGGCGACAAGAUCAGCAAGGUCGUGGAGUAUCCCCAGUACCUGGAUCUUCGCCCGUACAUGUCUCAGGCAGCCGGAGAACCGCUCCUCUACUCCUUAUACGCCGUCCUGGUGCAUGGAGGUGGCAGCUGCCGUGCAGGACACUACUUCUGCUACAUAAAGGCCAGUGAUGGACUGUGGUACCACAUGGACGACAAGUCUGUGGAUCUUUGCGACAGUGACACAGUCCUCAGGCAGCAAGCCUAUUUACUGUUUUACAUCAGGUGCUCUGAUUUGGAAGUUGGACAAAGGGCUUCUUCCUCACCAGCACCAUCAGAAGCCCGUUCCCUCCUCAGUCAGUGGGCGGCCGGCAGCAAGCAGGUGCGUUCUGUGGGACAGCAGCACCUGCCCCAUAGGACUAAGGCGGCUGUGGGGAGGUGGUCAGGGCACCAGAUGGACAGCGGUGGUCGGGAUGGUGGGGCAGAGUGCACCCUCAGCAAGCUGGCGGAGGACACCACACUGGGAGGAGUGGCACUUAGGCCAGGGGGUCGUGCUGACAUCCGCAGGGACCUGGGCACACUGGAGAGAUGGGCUGACAGAGAUCUCACGCAGCUCAGCAGAGGGUGCUGUGUGAGUGACGCGCACUGGCAGAGAGUGCCCAGGGAGCUCGUGGAGUCUCCUUCCUUGGAGAUGUUCCACAGCCCUGUGAACACCAUCGUGGACAACCGGCUGCAGGUGGCCCUGCUUGAGCAGGGGGUGGGACCAGGUGACCUCACCCUCCAAGUGACCUCACCCUUCAGGUGA